AUGACUGAGGCAAAGUCUAAACGAGAUUAAAUUUGGGAAGAAAAGAGAAGAUAAAGAGAAGAACGAUUAUUAAGUAUAUUAUAGAAAUAAAAAUAGGAAUGGAAGGAUAAAUGCUAGAAAAUAAUGGAAAUUAAUUUUAACUCCCACCUACAAGAUUAGAUGAUUAGGUUCCAGUAUCUCUUCCUUCUCAUUCUUAAAAUUAUGAGUCUUAUAUUCCUCCAGAACCUUAUGUACCAAUAGAAAUGAAUAGAAAUCCUGAACCACCUAGAAUGUAUUAAGGAUCAAUUCCAUAGUAAUUUGAAUAUAAAGAUAACAAAUCAAAUGGUUAAUUUUAGUAGUAAUCAGCAAUACAAUAAAGUCCUUUAAAAAAUCCUAUUAAGCAAUAAUAAGAUGAAUAUAGAGAAUAUUUGAAAAAGUAAAUGGAAGAAAAAGAAACUGAUAAAAAAAGAAGAAGAGAAGGAACAAAUAAUAAUUAAUAUUAAAUUUAAUAAGGGUAAUUUUAAUAAUAAUCUGCUAAUCCAGCACCUUUACCAAGUUAACCAAUUAAUAGAUAAAAAUAAGAAUAUGGUGAUUUUUUAAGAUAAUAAAUGAUGGAAAAAGAAGAAUAAAGAAAAAGAAGAGUUUAAUCAGGAAACAAUUAUAAUAACUAAUAAUUAUAAUAAGCGUAACAAUAUCAAAUUUAACAGUCACCAUUAUAAAAUUUGUAAUAAAUCUACUAGCCAUAAUAAUAAGAAUUAAAUUAAGGUUUAUAAUAUGGUAUAUAAUAAUCUAUUAUUCCUAAUUAAAAUCAAUAGCCAUAAUAAAUGGAUUAGAAUAAAUUGCAUAAAUAAGAAUAUGGAGAUUAUUUAAGAAUGUAAAUGCAAUUAAAAGAGUAAGAGAAAAAUGAUAGAAAGAAAAAUCUAUAAUAAAAAAUGGAAACUGGAGAUUCAUUUCCUUUUGGUAAAGGAGGAAGUGGUGCUCCAUAUUAAAGAGGAGCUAAUAAUUAAAUAUCUUAAAAUAAUAAUAAUUAAUAAUAAUAAUUAUAUUAAUAACCAAAUUAUCAAUAGUAAUAAGCUUAAUUUAUUUAAUAAUAAUAAAAUUACUAAUAACCAAUAUAAUAAGUUUAAUAUUAACAAAGUAUAGUAACUCCUUAAUAAUAUUAAUAUGAAGAACAAAAUUUACCAUCUGGAUUUGAUUAAUAACCAAUAUUAAUGGAACCUUAAGUGGAUCCUCAAUUGAAAGGAGGAAGAAAUAGAUUAAUGUUGGAAAAUUAAAAUAUUGAUGAUAUAAAAAGAAAAGAAUAAUAAAAGUUGGAGAUGUAAAGAGUUUUAUAAGAAUAAAUUGAAUAAAAAAAGAGAAAGAAAGAAUAAGAAAAAUUAUAAAAAGAAAUGGAAGAUAAAAUGGAAGAGGAGAAAUUUAGAAGAUAAAAGGAAUAGGAAGAAUUAGAAAAGAAGAGAGAAGAGGACUAAAAGAAAUAAUAAUAAGGAAGUAUAAUUAAUUUAAAAAUUAAAUAUAGAAUUUGAAUAAGAUAAUAUAGAUUUAAAAGAGAAAAGAAGAUUGGAAAGAAUUUAAGAAAGGAAAAAUAGGAAAAAUUAAUAACAAGAUGAGGAUUAAUAAUAAUAAUAGUAGAACUUUUAGUUAUUUGACUAAUAAUAAUAGUAAUUACCACCACCUUCUCGUAAUCUACCUCCUUCAUAGCCUAAAUCUGAAAAUUAUUUGAAAGAUUUUCUUAUGAAUGAAAAAAUGAAAGAAGGGGUUAGUCCUCAUUAAAGUAUUCUUGAUUUUUAUAGAAAUGGACCAUAACCUAUAAAUAAAGCUGAAGUUUAAUAAAAUAGAGAAAUAGACGAUAUAAAAAGAUAAAUGCUGUAAUAAUAAGAAAAUUUACAAUAAUAAAUUUAAUAAGUUAUGAAUUAAGCUUAAAUGGCAAUAGAAGGUAGAAAUAAAGCAGAAUAAGAAUUAAUUGCUUUAAAAGAAUAAGUGAAAAAUAAAUAUUUAUAAGAAGAAAGACAUCAUGAUGAUUUAAUGAUUGCAUUAGUAAAAAAUGAUCCAAAAUGGGAAAAACAAGUAUUUCCACCUCAUCUAUUAGCAUAAGCUGAAAUUGGUGCAUAUAAAGAUUUAGCAAUGCCAGCAUUAAAUGAAAAUUUUAAUUUUCCUAAUAUUAAUUAAAAUAAACCACCUCCAUUUGCUCCUGCUUAUGAAAGUAAACGUAAUAUAUAUUAUAUAAAUAAAUUAGCUCUUGUAUUAAAAGAAGAAUCAAAAGAAUAAAAAUAAUAUUUUAGAGAAUAAUUUGGAUUAUAAUCAUUAGUUUCAGAUUCAAAUAUGGUUCCUAUUGAUCAUAAUGCUUCUUUAGUUCCUUAAAUGUAACCAUUAAAUAAAAAAGUAUCAGAAGUAUAAUUAGAUAAAAUCGAUGAAUUAAAUGCUCAUUUUGAAGAUAGUCUUAAAUUAGGUAUUGGAGACACAUAUUAAAUUAAAAAUGAUAAUUUUAAAAAGAGACCUCCUAGUAAUAAUGGAUAACAUCCAUCUUGGAAUGUUCCAUCUAUUGAUUCAGAAUUUGUUAAAGAAAUUGAUGAUCUUCUUAAAUAUAAACCUGCUUAAUAAACUUUAAAUCGUCCUCCCUCAGGACUUACAAAAAAUGGAUUUGAAUAGAAAUAAUUAUAAUAAUCUAUAUCAAACAGACCUCCAUCUUAAACUAAUUAAAGAGCAUCUUCUGCUUUUGGACGUGCUGCUUAAGGUGUAUUAGGUUCUGCUGAUUUAAAUUAUAAAGGAAUUACUUUAGAUUCUGAAUUCCCUGAUAUGACUAUGAUUAAAAAAGUAACAAAUACUGAUACUUUUGAUAUAGCAGGAAUUCAUAAAAAAAUGGAUUAAAAAAUUAUGCAUCUUAAUGAAAUUGAAGAAGAUGAUGAUUUACAAAAAUUAGAUAAAUUACUUUAUUAAUAUAACUAAUGA